UAAUCGACAUGGCUUGAGCUCCCACAAUGCACCGCGGUUUACUACCCGGAUAUUUGUACACAUGGGCUGCUGAUUUGUGUUUACAAACUUUGUUUUAAAAUUAAGCUCAAGUACAUUUUAAGUAGAAUUUUGUCCGACUUGUUAUGAAAGUAAAAGUCCUCUCGAGGAACCCGGACGACUACGUCCGGGAGACCAAAUUCGAUAUUCAGCGUGUCCCCAGAAACUAUGACCCAUCACUUCACCCAUUCGAGGUGUGCAGAGAAUACACCCGGGCUCUUAAUGCCACUAAGCUGGACAGGGUGUUUGCAAAGCCUUUCCUUGCAUCACUGGAUGGACACAGAGAUGGAGUGAACUGCAUGGCCAAGCACACCUCCAGCCUCUCAUUGCUGUUGUCUGGCUCUUGUGAUGGGGAGGUUAAAUUGUGGAAUCUUUCCACACGGAAAUGCAUCCGCACACUCCAAGCCCAUGAAGGUUUUGUCCGGGGAAUGGUUGUACGCUUCUGUGGGACGUCCUUCUUCACGGUUGGUGAUGACAAAACAAUCAAGCAAUGGAAAAUGGAAGCCCCAGGUUAUGGGGAGGCAGAGGAGCCACUUAACACAAUUCUUGGCAAGACAGUCUUCACAGGACUUGACCAUCACCAGACGGAUGGUGUGUUUGCAACAUGUGGCCAGCAGGUGGACAUCUGGGAUGAGCAAAGGAGCAGCCCCAUCCGUUCUUUCACCUGGGGCGUAGACAGCUUCUCCUCUGUCCGUUUCAACCCCGUGGAGACUCAACUUCUUGCCAGUUGUUCCUCUGACAGAAGCAUUGUGCUGUAUGACAUGAGAGAAGCAGCACCUCUUAAAAAGGUUAUCAUGACAAUGAGGAGCAACACGUUAUCAUGGAACCCAAUGGAAGCUUAUUUCUUCACAUGUUGUAAUGAAGACUAUAACCUUUACACGUACGACAUGAGACACUUACAUCAGCCAGUCACCGUGCACUUGGACCACGUGUCUGCAGUGCUAGAUGUUGACUAUUCCCCCACUGGAAAAGAGUUUGUGUCUGCUAGUUUUGACAAGAGCAUCCGCAUCUUCCCCAAGGACAGUGGCCGUAGUAGGGAGGUGUACCACACCAAACGCAUGCAGCAUGUCAUCUGCAUCAAGUGGUCAGCAGACAACCGCUACAUUUUGAGCGGGUCGGAUGAAAUGAAUAUUCGGCUGUGGAAAGCGACUGCAUCUGAAAAACUAGGAGUGCUGACCCCCCGAGAGAGGGAGGCCACCAACUACAGGAAAAAGCUGACAGAGAAGUACAAGGACUUCCCGCAGAUCAGACGUAUCGCUCAACACCGACAUCUCCCCAAGACCCUCUUCAACCAGUCGAAGGAGCUGAAGUUAAUGAAAGAGGCUCGCCGCAAAAAGGAGAGGAAUCUCCGCAAGCACAGCAAACCAGGAAGUGUACCUGUGGUGUCUGAGAAGGAUAAGCAUGUUGUGGCUGUGGUCAAGUGAAACACAAGGGCAAAACACACCUACACCGUCAGGGUGGCGUUGAUAUGUGACUUCAAUUAUAAUGUGAUUAUAUAUACCAAUUAGCAAAAAUAAAGAACACAUCAGUUUCCUUACAUGUAGUUUCCUUCAUCUCCAAACGUGUUG